CCCCAAUCAUCACUGUUUAGUAAACACAAGGCAGAACCUAAUAAGAAAACAGAAGUGACAGAAAAAAAACAGAGAGAAGUUCGCGAUAUCGGGAGCCACGGGUAACGUCGCCUCGAAUCGUUUGCGCGGCCGCAGAUCGGCAAUGGCUGCCACCGGAAAACCUAUCUCCACCUCCAUUUCAUCGUCUCGGUUCGCCACUUUCGAUUUCUCUGCUGAUUCGAAGCCUCCGAGACUUACCCUCACAGCCGAUCAGCUCCGCAACUGCUCUGAAGCUCUCAAAUUCUUUAAAGCGAAAAAGUUUGAGACUCCCCAAACCAUCCGCCAGGAGUUCCUAACCUUGCAGGCAAAUAGGACGAAAGCUUUGGACAUGAGGAAUAAAUGUACUGUAGCUCUCAACAGUGUAAAUGAUAGCAAGAACCGUUACACUGAUGUCAUACCAUAUGAUAAUAACAGGGUAAUUUUGAAGCAGUGUAAAGAUUACAGACCAUCAGCUAGGGGUUAUAUAAAUGCAAGCUUUGUCAAGACUUCAGAAAGUGUUUCUCGGUUUAUUGCAACUCAAGGUCCACUGCCUCACACUUUUGAGGACUUCUGGGAAAUGAUCAUACAGUAUCGCUGUCCUGUUGUUGUGAUGCUUACCAGGUUGGUCGACAAUUACAAGACAGUGAAGUGUGGAGAUUAUUUCCAAGCUGAGGAUGGACCAAGAGAGUUCGGCAAUAUCUGCAUAGUGACAAAAUGGAUACAAACAACAGAUACUUCAUUAGUGUUGCGAUGUUUGGAAGUGAAUUACAAAGAGUCCGAGGACCCAUCUUUGUCUGUUCUUCACAUUCAGUAUCCAGAAUGGCCUGACCAUGGAGUUCCGAAGGACACUGUUGCUGUUCGUGAAAUUUUGAAAAGGUUAUAUGGUGUGCCACCCAGCCUUGGACCAAUUGUUGUUCAUUGCAGCGCAGGUAUAGGUAGAACUGGAACAUAUUGUGCAAUCCACGAUACCAUUCAAAGAGUUCUUUUGGGAGAUAUGUCAGCUUUGGAUCUUGUUAAUACUAUAACCUCUUUUAGGUCGCAACGAAUUGGAAUGGUUCAGACAUUGGAGCAAUAUUUGUUCAUCCAUGAUGCUAUUGUUGAUGAACUUGAAGAACUCAUAUCGGACAGCAGCUAUCAUAGUUCUCAAUGAUAUAUCCACAGUUUCUUCGCUCAGCAAAUAAUCCGAGCUUACCUUCAAGUUUCUCUUUUCUGUAUGAUUUUAAUAUAUAACCAAAUUAUUGACUUGAACUUCUAGUGUAUGCUUGAUACAUUAAAAGACUCGAUUCGACAGUAUAACGAAUCAAAUUCUCCCUACUGAAAACGCCUGUAAACCGCUUUGGCCUUUUCUUAUUUCAUUCUAUGCUGUAUGAUUCUUAACUGCUCUGGCCAUUAAUGUUAUUCAACAGGUGAUGAAUUUCCUUUA